AUGGCACCCAAAUGCGUUCAAAAAGCGAUCUUGCUCGCCAAAUUAGUCGCCUACGGCUUCCGUGUGUUGUUCUCGGGGGCCAACCGCGCGUUAUGGGCUAAGUCCUUCGCGCUAACUGCACCAGCAACUAUCCAGCCCAUCGAUGCCUCCGAAGUCAAAAACGUCGUCGUCGUUGGCGCGGCGUUCGCCGGUUACUUUGCCGCCCGCUCCCUCGCCGCAACGCUCCCUCGAGACGGCCGGUACCGCCUCAUCAUCAUCGAGCCCAAUAGCCACUUCAACUUCACCUGGGUACUCCCGCGCUUCUGUGUUGUCGAGGGCCACGAACAUAAAGCAUUCAUCCCUUACACCCCCGACUUUUUUGCCCAGGCACCCCCGGGCAUGGUACAAUGGGUCAGGGACCGGGUCGUGUCUGUCGGAAAACAUAGCGUCGUCCUCCGUGACGGCGAUGAAAUUGCCUAUGAAUACCUCCUCAUCGCAACCGGGUCCACCGUAGCCAACGGGCUACCGUCUCGAGUUGGUAGCGAGAGUCGGGAAAAUGGAAUUGCUAUUCUCCAAGCGACACAGGCUCGCAUCAAAGCCGCGAGUCGGGUGGUCAUCGCGGGAGGAGGUGCAGCCGGUGUCGAGUUGGCUACGGACGCCAAGGAACGGUACCCAGAGAAGUCGAUCACGCUGGUACAUUCGCGACAGUCCGUCAUGCAUCGUUUCGGUCCAGAACUACAGAAAGGCGCCAUGGACGCCUUGCGGCAGCUCGGGGUUGACCUCAUCCUCGGCGAGAAGGUGGACCCUGAAAGCGCGGAUGGGAAGUUCAUCACGCUUGCCUCCGGGCGCCAGGUCGAAUGUGACUGUUUUUUCAACUGCACAGGCCAAAAGCCGGCAUCCGGACUCAUGGCCGAUAUUGCCCCUGGUGCAAUCGCUCCGUCGGGCCAUAUUCGCGUGAAACCAACACUGCAGAUUGAUGAUGACUCGCUCCCCAACGUCUUUGUCUGCGGUGAUGUGGCCGACGUCCAGGCUGUCAAUCCAAAUUCACGCAUUGCAGGCCGGCAGGCCGAAAUUGCGGCAGACAACAUCGUCCUGGCAGCACGGGGGAAACCAUUCGCUUACACUUAUAAACCGGAGUGGGGCGACGAAGUCAUCAAACUCACUGUUGGGCUGAACCGUUCGAUCACUGACAUAUGGGAUGGCCAAGCUGAGCUGAUGUUUACCCAUCAAGAAGCUGAUCCCGCACUUAUGUGCGGUCGGGCCUGGCAGUCGCUUGGGGCCAAGCCGUUUGAGGAUACUGGGGAUUACCCACGUUGA